GCCAUUGACAACCAGUUCACUCUUGACCGUGGAAUCGCUCGCUUGGCAGAGCUCGCAAAACCGAAACCCCUCUAGUACGUGCUAGCAAACCUUCCAGUUGUGAAAGUGAAUCGAAUAGUGAAGCUGUAAGGAUACAUACAACCCGCCGGAAGUGAGUCUGUGCGUGAAGAAGGGAAAAAGAGUCUAUAGUGCAGGGAGGGAUAAAAGAAGGCAUCCAGCAUAAAGGGGAAGGAAAUAUAGCAGAGCAUCCAUCGUAUGGUCUCCGUACCCGAUAAUCGGUAACAUCCGGUACCGUGUGCAGGUGGAGCGAGUAGAUUCGCUCGCUGGAACGUUACGACGGUCUUGUUCAGUGUGGCGGGUAGUUCUUGAGUCGAGGAUCCCUGUAUCGACCACGUGCAUGCGUGUGUCUUUGUGUGUGUGUUUGUGUGCGUUAUUGUGUAUUCGUGCGUGUAAGUGUAUUAACCAUCCUAGAAAGCUUAUUUAAUGUGCGUUCCCUUUUCACUCAGCACAGCAAAGUGAGAUAAAAGUUGUGAAAAUUUAAAUCCACCCGUAAGCAGUGAAUAGCAGUGAAUUUGUGUCUAGUUAUUUUGACACCGUAAAAUUUUGCAAUUGUACUAAGAAAACAUCAAAUCGCGCAAGGAAAAGUGGUCCAUUUCUUCAACACAACCAACGAGCGGUCAGGCAUAUCCAGGCAGCGUUGACUUGAAAGCAGCUACUUCGCAUUGAAUAGAAGCAGCCCUAUUUUCAACAUGAAAUCUCCUGCCCUGUGGAUGGCCAUCGGUGCGAUUCUACUCCUUGGCGGAAGUGUGAACGCAUGGGGUGGACUGUUCAAUCGGUUCUCACCGGAAAUGCUAGCAAACAUGGGUUACGGCAGCCAUGGAGGAUCCUAUCGCCCACAAACGUUUCUGCAGAAUGAAAUACUUGACGAGGAACAGCAAAGUCCCCGAUACGAACCGGACCCCUGCUAUCCUCGGGUGUGCUCCGCCAACGAAUACUGCUGUCCAGGGUAUAUCUGCAUUGCCAUGGACAAUGUAAAGGGUAUGUGCAUGCCACUGUAUGGACGAAAGUACGGCGAGCUGUGUCGACACGAUUCUGACUGCGAGUCUGGGCUGGUCUGUGACAUCUCCGCGCUGAGCGGUGCGAGCGUCUGCCGACCACCAACCAUCGUGGCAAAGCAGUACGGUGAAGAUUGCAUCACUUCCAGUGACUGUGAUAUUACACGAGGAUUGUGCUGUCAGGUGCAGAGAAGACAUCGGCAAGUGCCUCGUAAGGUUUGCUCGUACUUCAAAGAUCCACUCCUCUGCGUUGGAACGGUUGCUGCUGAUCAGGUGAAACACCAGAUUGAGCAUACUGCAGGUGAAAAGCGCAUCAUUUACAAUAAGCACUAAACAUGCACGAACCCAAACAAAAACAACAACAAAAACCCAUGCACGAAACCCAGAACGAUCAAACGAUCAAAGUCCGAGAUCGAGAGGCAAACCGAUGUACUUGCACGUGCCGUGCAUGCCAUCUCCGGAAAGCAAGCAAAUAUUAUGAUUCUUAAUCCUGGCAACCUCUCGCACCGACAUAACGCUGGAAGCGUGUAAAAAACAUACUUAUUAAGUCCUUGUAUUAAAACUCAUUUGCCCUCACACAACGUAGCUACCAGGCCAAAAGCGAUCAGUAAAUGGCAAUCAAAAAAAAAAAA